GCUCAAGUAUCGGGGCUUUCCUUGGUCCACCGGUCUUUCUACUGUAUCCGCCUGUUCUCGGACAUCACUGAGCAGUUACCUGGUUUCACGAUGAACGCUGGAAACUGGCACCUGUUCGUCAUCGUGUUAAGUGUGGUCGUCUUUGGACAAGAAACGGCGCUUUUAGUUGCGGGGAACACUAAUAAUAAUAGGCGAGAAGAUUACACAGGAGAGACUAGUGAAAAAGGAACGACCAUCCGUGAAAACUCUGGCCAAAGGACUAAAGACAUUCAAGCGCUAGAGUCCAGUCUGUUGAAAAUGUUCGGAUUAGGAUCUAGACCUCGACCCCGCAAAAAGCUAGAAAUACCACAGUACAUGUUGGAAUUGUAUCAAAAACAAAUGCAAAUAAGAGACUCGGAGGAGAUCAUGGGAGGCGAUAUUAAUGUGCGAGGAAAAUUCACAGGGUCAGCAAAUACUGUUCGCAGUUUUCAUCACCUAGAGCCAAAAGUACACGAAGCCCAAUCUUCCACGGACAAAGUGACUCUUAUUUUCAAUAUUUCAAGCGUCCCAGAAGAGGAGAUUCUGAAAGCUGCAGAAUUAAGGAUUUACAGAGAACAAAUAUUACAACAUUUGGAACCCAGUUUAAAGCGUAAAAGGGAUUUUAGAUAUAAAUUAGAAGCACACGAGGUAAUAAAGCCUCAGACUAAAAAUCGAGAUUCAAUCACAAGACUAUUAGAUACCAAAAUAAUAGAUAUUAGGAAUUCGAGUUGGGAGUCUUUAGACCUCACUCCAGCCGUUGUCAAAUGGAGGACAACACCACGCAAGAGCCACGGAGUAGAAGUGCAUUUUAUUCGCUUAGAUGGCCGUCCUUCAGAACUGAAAUCGUCCCACGUUCGCCUGAGGCGAUCGAUAAAUGGGGACGACAGCACAUGGCAGGCCCAGAGACCACUUUUAGUCACAUACAGUGACGAUACUAGAUCAAAAAGGACUAAAAGAGAAGGGAAAAGGCGGUCACGAAGCCAUAAGAGAAAAAGCAAAGAGCAGUGUCGGAGGCAUGCUUUAUAUGUAGACUUUAAAGAUGUUGGCUGGGACGACUGGAUCGUCGCCCCGCCUGGGUACCAAGCAUUUUACUGCCAUGGGGAUUGCCCGUUCCCACUCGCAGAUCAUCUUAACUCUACAAAUCAUGCUAUUGUACAGACGCUAGUAAAUUCAGUGAACCCCAGCGCUGUGCCUAAAGCAUGCUGUAUCCCGACAGAAUUGAGCCCAAUCUCAAUGCUCUAUCUGGACGAGUAUGACAAAGUAGUUUUGAAAAAUUACCAAGAUAUGGUUGUAGAAGGAUGCGGUUGCCGGUAGAAUUCGAAAUGGAAGUCGUUCAUCUCCAGCAAAGAACUGUCCCAAGGCAGUUGCAGUGGAUACACAAAAAGAAGACGACAAUUGGAGGAAGCCGGACAGUAAAGAUUCAACGAUGAAGCCCAAACUAAUUUAAAAUGUAAUAAUAAUUAUGACGCAGAUUCCGUGCAUCAAAUGCACGUCAAAAUACCGACGUUCGGGAUUCAGCCAUCCGACGAAAGAGAAAAAACCGGAGUGUAUUAUACUGAACGGGACUGUGACACGUAAAUGAUAUGGCUUCGCCAAAAGCAGGUGCGAGGAAAGUGACCUGCAUCUCACGUUCAUGCCGAGAUAGCAAUCUGCUUCGUUGACAAGCCUGUAUUUUAGAGAUUGAAAAUUUAUUGACAGUGUGAUAAGAAUGCGGUUUUUGGUGACGGGUCAGAAGCUCAUCUGCAUAGAGAUUCCCUCAACAGCUUUUGAAGCGCAGUAAACUGUGCGAACCACCGCACAAAUGUGAAAUUCCCAAAUAUUUCACCAGGCGGCACGUGAAAUGCCCCAAAAUGUAAAGUAAAUGUGAAGCUUUUUAUAGAAAAAAACGAGAAAAAAGGAUAUGUAAACAAAUUAUAUAUAAAUAAUAUAUAUACACACAUUUCUAUAUAUUUUCUUCCCAAGCCAAAAAUUGUGUGUAUUUGUAGUGUGAAAAAGUAGUUAAUUGUUGCUGUAAUUAAGCAAGUUCUGGACACUAUUAUAAUUUAUAAUGUUUGUGUUAUCCGUGGUAUACCGGUGUCGGAGAACCAGUUUACUUUUCGAUACCUCGUCUGGUAUAUGGAAGCCAACCCUGUGUAUCAUCCCUGUGCUUGAUUCACGUGGUGUUUCUUCAAUAUGGCAAGUUUAAGCUUUAUACCUCGUAGAGGUAGGGGGCUGUGAACAGAUGACAAGGGAGAAAUUUAGCAGACACACGUUGCAGAUGCGGCGAAAAUAUACAAACGCAAAGUCUAAUUUACUAGCCAUGGUAUACAGGGGGAAGUUUUUCCUAGGCCGCUUUUCGCUUUUCACCUAGAAUUUUUACAUAUUUUAAAGUGCUUUCAAAAGAGUUGUUGGGCUGCAGCUGGCUCUUAUUUUUGCACCCUUUCCGCUGGCUGAUGUCUGCGUUCCCUUGCUUUAGCAGUAAAGAGACUAAACAAACCUUGUUCUCAGAAGUUAACAAUCACUGAGCAAAUCAGCUUAAUACGAAGAUGGCUGCCCGUGGUGCGAGAAAUUGCACUUAAAAUCCCAUCUCUUUCUUUACGCCCGUUCAAUUUGAUACCAACCCUAUACACAGGGUGUCUCCGUCGACAAUCGGGUCCCGUCGUUAGCUGACGUGAAUGGUUGGAAACCCUGAAAACGAAUCCCCUUGUAAGCCACUAUGCGAAAGUUUGCUUUGUCUCACUGUUACUUUUUCAAUAUACAAGCAUGGGAACGCAGUUGAACAGAAAGACAAUCAAGUGCAAACUAGAUUUAAGUGGGAAAGGUGGUACAGCUUAAAUCAAAAUGUUAUUCCUCUUCGUUCUUUUUUCUUUUUCUCUGAUGGCGGAGAGAGAGUGUAUGUAUAUAUUU